UGAAUGGGGAUGAUCCGAAACGUCGGCAGCUAACAUGUGAACUAGUUAUUGUAGUUUCUUGGUUUCACCCUUUCGUCUCUCAGCUGAGGAACCCGCAAAAUGGAGCAUUCUGCCAUAAAAUGAAAUAGGGAUGUCAUUUUGACGGAAUUGAAUCGGAAAUAUCUAGUUUCUCUGUCUUAAAUCAAUCAACUCCCUUGAUUUUCUGCUAUGCCAAGUGAUAUAUCGUGAAAAUCAUGCACAAAUACCGGAUUUUAGGCAAGAAAGGUGAGGGCACUUUCUCAGAAGUGCUCAAGUGCCAGCAUAUACAGGAUGGAACCUACUAUGCCUGUAAGAAAAUGAAGCAAAACUACCAAAGUUUAGAGCAAGUGAACAAUCUCAGAGAAAUUCAAGCCAUGAAGAGAUUAAGUCCUCAUGCCAACAUUUUAGAACUCAAAGAAGUAAUCUUUGAUAGAAAAACUGGAAACCUGUCAUUAGUGUGUGAGCUUAUGGACAUGAACAUCUAUGAAUUAAUACGAGGGAGAAGACACUACUUACCUCAAGAGAAAGUGAAAAACUACAUCUACCAAUUAAUCAAGGCGUUAGAACAUAUGCAUCGGAAUGGAAUAUUUCACAGAGAUGUAAAACCAGAGAAUAUUCUAAUUAGGGAUGAUCAUUUAAAGUUAGCAGAUUUUGGUUCAUGUAGAAGUGUCUAUUCUAAGCAGCCAUUCACAGAGUAUAUCUCAACAAGAUGGUAUCGUGCUCCUGAGUGCUUACUCACCGAUGGCUACUACUCAUAUCAAAUGGACAUGUGGAGUGUAGGUUGUGUCUUCUUUGAAAUACUCAGUUUACAUCCGUUAUUCCCUGGUGCCAAUGAAGUCGACCAGAUUGCCAAAAUCCAUGAUGUAAUGGGCACACCUGAUGCUACUGUACUCAACAAAUUUAGAAAUAAAGCGAGAGGCAUAAACUACAACUUCCCUUCCAAGAAGGGUUCGGGUAUAGAGAAGUUGUUACCCAAUGCCACGAAGCAGACCCUAGAAAUAAUCAACAAACUUUGUACCUAUGAUCCAGAUGAAAGGAUAACGGCAAAGCAGGUUAUCAGACAUGCCUUCUUCAAAGAUCUCAGGGAUGCAGACAAGAGAAAACAGCAUGCGGAGAAGAAGAAGAUGUCACUCGGUGACCAGGGGUCAGUCAUAUCAGAAGACACUGCUAAGGAGAGUCAUGUGGAGGGCAAAGAUGGUGACAAUGAAAACCACAAAACACUUAGAAAAGCAAAGAGGAAAAGUAAGCUUCAUGAAAGUGAGAACUUUACCAGUACCUUACUGCCCAAGGUUCAAAACAGCAAGGUCAGUCACAGUAUCAGUAACUACCCAACGCAGACGUUCGGAACUACCAGCUUUCCCAAGCUACACACCAACAACAGACACCAACAGAGUAUGCUGCCUAGUAUAGCCAAUACACACUACAAUAAACAUCAUCAUACAACAAAGGCAUUCCAACCUGCAGCAUCAAAGAAUGUAUAUGGACACUUUCAACUGCCAUCAAUACAAAAGAGCAAGGAAGCUCAGUUCUGAUAAAGUGUAAUACCCAAGAGCUACAGACUCUUCACCAAAACAAACAGAACCAAGUGCCUUUCCUUAGCAAUUGUGUUGCAUACAAUGAUUUUGAUAUCAAGAUCAUAUGGAAAGGUGUGGAUUUGCUGCCUAUUGCGCAUGGAGUUGACAGAUGAGGAAGGACUAGUACAUCAUAUCUGUGGGAUUAAGUAGAUGUUAAUAUAGUGCAACAUGAUGGAAUGACACUAGCCCAUCCCACCGCUGCCACAAGGAUAUUCUGUCUCUGCCACCAAUUUGGAAGUUGGGUGUAAGAAGUGAAAAUUGGACAUUAGGUGCAGUGAGGUGCUAUGCUCCAACAGGGAGGUAUUAUCAUAUCCAGCUGUUGCCACCAUCAUAUCCUACGAGGACUGCCAUGAUGGAAGAUGCAAGUAGGAGGUGAAUAUUGGACCAUAGGUGCAGUGAGCUGCUUUGCUCCAGCAGGAUGGAUCAUAUCCCACUGCUGCCAUACAAUAUCCUAGUGUUGCCACCAUUUUGGAAAGUAUGUAUGAAAUAUUGGGCAGUAGUUGAUGUGAGCUGUUUUGCUACAACAGGGAGAAUGAAUGAUCCUACCCAACUGCUGCCACCAGAUUAUACUUCUGCUGCUACUAUGUUGGAAGAAACAUUGUAUAAUGGUUAUAUCCCAAUGCUGCCACCAUGUUCAAGAAAGGUAGUAGACAAGGGAUAGUGUGCAUCAUGUUGACAAAAAAUCAUGCCUAUGAACAAAGUCAUCAAUCUACCUCAUGGAGAUGAAGCCCCCUAGGAUAGGAAGGUUCAAUGUCACCCCAUUUUGAUUCGAAAGGACUUAAGUCAUUGUUGUUGAAGACGUUUCUGUUGAUAAAUCCUAUAUUAAUGGAGAUAUCAUUUUCAAUCAAUGAAUGUCAAAUAAAAAUGAAGGAUUAAAAUU